AUGCUUCACUCUGGGAGUCUAUCAACGGCCCCAAUCAGCACCCCCGAUGGAAAAUUAACCGACGCCGAUGCGGCCCUGCGCUUCGAGGAUCCCAGCCUAUACUCCACAAGCCUCCCGUACUGGCUCGUCAAUUUACCUCGGUCGCAAUGGACGGCCGAAUGUCCUAGUUUUCUACGUGACCAAUCGCCAAAGAAUAUCAGAUGCCUCUCGACCCCUGACCACCUUUAUACCCGACAGAACUGGGAGCAGGUGAAGGAGAUCACCAGUACCAACCGGAUCGAUCGGUUCCAGCGUGUCCCAAGCGAGCUGCGCAAGUAUCUGGAAUACAUGGCGCACAUCAAGGCGGAAUAUACAUCCGUCAUGAGGUUUAUAGUGAAAGAAAGGCUGGGGUGGGGGGAUGGCAACGUGGAAGACAUCAAGCCAAGAGGUGGUCCUUUCGAAUACGAGGGUAUGGCACAGGUCACCUGGUUGGGUUUAGAGCACGUGGAUACUAACAGAUCUGUAGAGGACAUCCGAAUCAUAUACAACGACUGGCCAUAUGGUGUGGAUAAGGACAUCAUCCAUCUGGUAGUGUGGACCAAGUUCCAACUGGAAGAUGAUCCAACCACAGAUGACCUAACGCCAAGCGCACGAGCGGCCAUAGAGAACUAUGUGCAGAAGACGUUCUCUCGGGUACCACGUGAACAGGUGGUCUGGUUCAAGAAUUGGAAGUCACUCAAGUCGGUUCCCGGGAUAGAACACUUCCACGUCAUGCUUCAUCGUCCCGAUAUGGAAUUUGUUAGGGAGAUCACCCACGGGGAUAUACCGCUGAUUGACCGGAAUAUCCACUGUUUGUAA